CAGCGUGGUACUCAAAGAGAAUAUGCACGUCAGCCCAGCACUCCUGAGCUACCAGCAAGAUCGUCUGACACAAAAAUCCUUUGCGAAAACCAUGUUGCUCGACGCUAAGCAGGUUAAACCUAUUUAAAUGGUUCUCCACUGUAGCUCGUACUAAUUUUUCUAUAAAUAAAUAAAUAAAUAGUAUAUUCUCGGUAAAACGAGACGCCUGAAAAAGCGUGAUCAAAUAUGCAUACAAGCAUAGCUUCUGUGGAAUGUUAAAACAUUCCAAUGAAAGGUAUAAAAGUAAAGAUGUUGUCCGUAUGAGUGAGCAUACUGUCAGGUAAUAGUCAGACCCAGGGACAGUAUGACGCUGUGGCGCGCAAAAAUCCGUCAAAACACAAGUUGGGGGUAAUUUCGGCAGGUAGUGAUCCGUGAGCACAGGAACCUAAACAAGGUUUUGUUGCAACCAAUAACCAUUACGAGCUAGAAAUUAUCUGUGCUCCAACAAAGCAUUCUUCAUUGCAGAAUUAGUUGCACAGAUUCGAUGUAGAAGGCUGAGGACUGCCUCAGUGUGAAAUGCUUAGCUGUGACUUUAUUUUGUGGCGAGUCACAUCCGCCACGUCGCAGUGUUGUUAAGCGGACAUUUGUGGCUUUUUAUAGGGAGAACGCUUGCCAGGCGAAAACUCACCACGUCCUGGAACACUGCCGUAGCUUUCGUUGGACAGUAGUGCAAGUCGGUUAUGCAUCGUAUAGACCGAUUUUGCAUUCUAUUAUUCGCAGUCGGUUGACAGCCAAAAUUCUUCGUUGGUUGGCCGAAUGGCUUAGUACUGAUACGGCAGCAGUCGUUGGGGCCGGUCAAUGAUGCAAGAUUCCAAGUGUCGAAUGAUAAUGAUGCAGGUGAGUAAACACAUUGUUAAUUGAGGCCGGCUGUUCUAUUAUAUUCUUGCUCGACCACGCUAGUCAAGCUAACAGCUGAUCUUGGACUGGCGCCAUAUUUAAAGCUUGUGACGCCCUAAAAUAGGAUUUGAGUGCAUCACGUAUAACAAUUGGGUUAUUAGAAAUUUCUUUAAAGCCCAUUCGUAUGAGGGGUAUCUUUGUAAGUGGUAGGUGCGACAGCACAUAAACCAGCUGAGCUGCUCGGCUUUGUUUACAGUAUUCAGUGUAAUUGGCUUCUGACUAGCAUGCUUUUGCGUCAGUUUGGCUGAAAAAGGUAGCAUCUUUAUUUGCGAUCACGGAAUAGGCAAUGUUAAAAUUCCUACAUUGUUUUUUAAAGGCAUGGCGUCAGACGGAAAAAGAAGACAUGCAGUCCAGACGUAAACUGAUCUGCCUACAGAAGAUUUUAGCAGAUUGCUCUACGGAGUGGAAUCAUAAGCAUUCCUCCCAAAUUCAUAACCUAAUAUGUAGGCGAUAGGUAGCCCAGGUUUUGGAAUACGUCGGCCGGUGAUGUUGGAUUGCGUUUAGUUGAGCAGGAUUAUUGACGGAACAUUGUAAGUGCAAGCACCAGUGUGCUACUCUCUAGUCGCUUUCAAGGAACUCCUGGCCUACCGUUCAUCUCAGGUUUGAAAGGCCUAUGUUAAAUGCCAAGUCAUGUAUAUGCUUCCUAUUUUAGGGGCGGAACGCGUUGCUAACAACGGCCCAGAUUGAUCCAAAGUAGUAAACUUGCAUACUUAGUCGGAUCGGUGGAUGGUACUUUUUCAUUUCAGGCAAGUUUAACUCAGCUGCGACAGUUUUGUAUCCACAUGGUUGAAUAUAGAAAUGCUCGAAAUUGGUCCCAAGUGCAUUAUCACUAACGUCAACCUGAUCUCCAUAUACGCAUAAUGAUAAUAUGGUGGGCUUAAUGAUAUCGAUUGGUAUGUGUACGGAGUCCGUGGUCUUUACGGUCUUUAUUAUUCCUGUUCUUGUUGUGUAAUAUAUUACGUAGAUAACAGAUCCUUCUUUACGCUUGCGUAUUCAAAAUUGCGUAUACAUCCGAUGAUUUGAUGGCAAUGUUCCAGGACGUGGCGUGGCGAGCGGUAUCCCUAUGAAAUUUUGCAAAUAUCAGUUUAACUACACUGCGACGUGGCGGAUGUGACUGGCCAACGAGUAACGUCACGGCCACCUGGUCAGCAUUGGCGAGCUGACCAGAAUUACUUAUUCCCAUCUUCAUACGCUCCGGCACUUUCCUAUCUGCAUAUUACGUCGCCACGCUGCCUUAUGCAUAUUCACUGAUGUUCUUUAUGCUGCACCCACAUGAACCCAGGGUGCCUUGUCCUCAGGGUUGAGCUCGUUCUCCACCAGUUAUUUUUUAAGUUAUCAGCUCCAGUUCUUUAUCUAUCUUGUGGCUGCAUUGUUACAGCGCCUUAUGGCAGAUGGGUUAGGCUAAUACGAACGUGCCUGAACGCACGAUAAUGGGCUUUCCUCCUUUUUACUUGUGUCCUAUUUUAAAGUUUCAACUAACCAUACCUGAACACUCUGAUGGCCACAGCUAAAAUUGCCAUGACACGUCUGUAAAAUUGCAAUUAUUGAGCAAGCCCUCGCGGGCACUCCGCACACUGUCAAGAAUAAAUAUAUUUAUUUAGACAUUUUUAUCCAGAAAGUGUGUGUGAGUCAUCGACAUUGCAUUCUUGUACUAGGUUUCAGUAACAAUAUUCGCAUCCGGUGCAGUAAGGACGGCGGUUUUACGUAGAACUUGCAGCUUAGUAAUAACUAAACUGGUGUUGAUAUGUAUGAGGGAGAAGCAGCUGUUCGGGUCUCCUAACUUUAAAGCUGAAGCAAAGAAGACACGAAUGUUACUGUGCCACUUGGAGAAAAUGGCGCUACGGCCGACUGAGCCGGACGAAGACAAUGGGUGUCUGGAGCCCCAUUUGAGCAGGUGUCUUACAAUUUGCUGCGAGAUGGAAAACGCAGAAGUGUAAAGCAGUGGCUAAGAACCAGCUGUCUGCGAACUAUAUAAGAAAAGAACGAUGGAUAGAAGUGAACUAAGAAAGAGCAAUUGCAGGAAGGCAAAAGUACGCAUCUGUAAUAUACCUUAAAUUUGCUGAAGACGUCACAGCAUGUGAGACAUAAGCGCAGCGUCGCGCAGAGGCGCAAGUCUUUCUGAGGUGUUAAGGAAUGGGUGCUAAAGUAUGCUUAUCCAGGAAAAGCCAAUGAUUGGACUGGAAUCCUGCAUGAGAAAGUGUCGCAUACGUAGUAGCGCUUAAGUGCUAACGGAACACCUAGAACGGAGAGCAUAAUGGGCGUUUGUGUGAUGACCAAAUGAAAUAGGAUUGAUAAACAAAAAGCUAAGAAAGAGUACUUGAAGCAUUAGCAGCAAAUAAACGGAAUGCAAGCCUACAUUAAGGUUGAUGAGUGUAUGAAAGCAUAAGUGACGGAAGCGCAGCGGCGUGCAGCUAAGCUGGCCAUGCAUGGGUGCUGAAGUUAUAGUACUAAGGUGGAUGGAUCAAGUGGAAGCUUGUCCGAGAGCUUGAGAUCUGCAGGUAUAAACGCCGCAGACGACAACACAAUGAGUACGCUACAAACGACCCUCUAAAAGUCUGAGGCUAAAUGGCGGCUCUGCGAUGACCAAUUAAGUUAUGGUUGCCCAAUGAAAGUGAGUUAAGUAAGGUUUAAGCUAAAAGAAAGGCAAACUGGAGGAGCACAAUAAUACGUUAAGAAUAUUAAAUAGUUCAGAAUACAAGAGGAGAAGACGCAGAGGCGCACAUGUACUCAAAUCAUGCUAGGGUGCUAGGGGAAUAAUAUUAAAUAGACUGAGCAUGGUAAUGCUAAAGAUACAGCUGGGCACCUCUCUAACAAGGUUCCACAGACGUUGCAGCGAGUAAAGUGUACCUAGCAAGAAAAGGAUAAGGAGCUUCUGCGCGCUGAACUGAUGAGAUAUGGAAGGUCGCCAGAAGGAAGGUACAAAAGGUUAAAUAAAGAAUGGACUAUCAGGAAGAAAGCAAGCAUACACUAUGUUUCCUGAGGAAGUCACAUCAAAUGAGACAGCAGCGUGGCUUCGCAUAGAUACCCAACUUAUGCUACGGUGCUAAGAAUAUAGUAGAGUUGAUAGAGCCAGGGAAGGCUAGUCCGCGUUCUGGACGCUUGCAAGUGAAGAAGUCAAAGUCUUUACAGCAAAAUGAGAUAGAUGAAUGCUUAGAAGAGAGUGACUGAGGAGCGGCUGUGCGCUGAACCGAUAAGACAAGAAUGUUUGCCAGAAAGCCAAAAGUGGUCAACUGAACGAAGGACAGCAAGCAGGCACACAUAUAUUAAGUUUACUGAGGACGUCGCAGCAUAAGAGGCAGGAGCGCAAAAGUCCGCAGUAUUGAGGUCCCGUUAGGUGCUAAGGAAAUAGUGCUAAAGAAGACUGAACCAGAAAAUGAAAAUUAGCGCCCUGGACCUCUAUAUACUUAGGUGUCGCAGAUGUUGCAGCGAUUAAAGGACAAAUGUAAGUCUAUAAAGAAGAGGCUAAGAAGCAGUUGUACACAGACCAAUUGAGUUAUGUUUGCUCGAGAGUGAAAGCUAAGCAAUAUUUCACAAUGGAAGGGAAGCGAACCGGGAAUAGCGUAAGGAUGCAUUAAGCUUGCUAACUACGUCAGCGCAUUCCAGGCUAAAGCGCCGCGGGCAGCAGAAACAUAAGUCAUGCAAGGGUGCUAAUGGAAUAUUACUAAGGUGGACUGAGCCGGGAAUAACCAUUAAGAGAGCUGGACUCCUACAUGAGUAGGCGUUACAGACGCUGCAGUGAGUAUUGGAUAAAAGUAGGCCCAGAAUGGCAAAGUUAAUCAGCGGCUGUGCGCUUACAAGAUGAGAUAAGGAAGGUCUUUGGAUGGAAGCUGGAAUAGGUUAAUUGAAGAAUUAGCAGCAAACAGGUAGAAUGCAAGCACAGAGUAAUAUUGCUGAUGACGUCGUAGAAUCUGAGGCAAAAGCACAUAGGCGCGUAGAUGCUGAAGUCAUAUUAAUGUG